AUGCCAAUGCUGCAAGCAUCAACCACAAAUUGUAUCACACUGACCGGUCCAAAUGAAACCCCACUUGGUGAUUGGUGCGAUGGUGCAGAUGAGCAAAGUACUCUAUCGAAAGAAUUUAUAGCAAUCAAAGUGAAAGAAGGCGCAGCAGCUGCUGACAAGGAUAUAUCAUUAAGUUACAAGCUUGUGAGUGAUGCACAAUGCACAGCAAAUGCAAAUGCUCCAACGGAUCAGCCGCAGUCGUUCAAAAUAACGCAGGCAGAUCAAAUUGUUAGAGAAAUAGCCUGCUUUUGGGAAUUGAAAUCGGCACCAAGCAAACGUAUACAAAUUACUUUGGAACCGACUUCGGCCAAUAAUAAGGACCAGUGCAUCAUGGUUAACUUGAUAAAUAACAAAGACCCGGCCGCAGCAAAAACAAUUUGUUGCGAAAAGGAAAAUAACAUUUACAAGGGAGAAAUGGGCAAAGAUGUCAUUGUCGUGUUCGAGAGUCCAAAAGGUUCAGACGACACUUACGUCAAAAAUUUCCAAGUGACAUACCAACUUGAUACCGUGCAGGAUAAUAAAUGUGCUGAAAUUCCGGGUCCACCAACGAACAGUGAUCAAUCGUUCACGGUAGCUAAAUCCGGUGCUACCAUUCCAGCUGACUUGAUAUGCAACUGGACCAUUCCGACCAGUAAUGGGAAAAAUAUUCGCGUCAGUCUGGAUGUGGGAUCGUCUCAAUCGGAAACACAAUGUGUCACGGUUGGUAAUGAGGACAUGACCGACGCGAAAAACAUUUGUCGUACAGCACAGGGCAAUACGUUCACAUCUACCGGGAAAGGUGUCCUGAUCGUGUAUGAUGGAGAAACUUCAGGGAGCAGCAGUCAGGAAAACUUCAAAAUACACUAUCAAUUUGGUCAGUUUCACUAA